AAAGGUGAAAACGGAGUAAAUUCUUGGAAAAAUAAAAAAAAAAGCGAUGAGCCGAAGGAGCUGAUCAAACUUUGGCUACCUGCAAGGUAAGUGUAAUGACCGCGAAUCACCUAUAAAAGGUGCGAAAAUCCUUUCGUAACUACAGUAUCGCUUCUACUUUGGUCGCAACACCUUCUUGUGGAAAAGAAUUACAAACGCUGAAAAAGCUAUCUACUAAAUCAACUAUCAACUAAAUAGUGCAAAACAUCUGAAAAAGUAAACAAUUUUCAAUCUACAGUUUCCCAAAAUACCAAAACUUGAAAAAUGGAUAAGUAUUCAGCAAUGAACUACAAAAAUGCCGAAGAAGAAUUACUUUCACUUGUAAAGAAUAUCUUGGUUGUUACCAAAACCACACCCGGUCAAGUUGACUUGAAUCAGGAAUCAACACCGUUGACAACAAAUCAACAACGGUGUGUCUUGGAGCAAAGACAAGAAGCACUUAGGUGUCAAGAAAGAGAGCUUCUUUUUCAGCAAGAAGAAAUUGCGAACCAAAUAGAGGAUAUACGAGUGCAACAAAAUGUACUCACAUGGCAACAAGAAGCACUUCGGAAGCGGGAAGAGUUAGAACAGGAAGAGGAGCUACGAGAGGAAGAGCAGCGCCAAGAAGAGACGCAACUAAUAACAACACUUCUGGAGGUACUCCAGCUCGCUAACAAGGAGUCGCCAUUGUAUAACAAACUUAAUAUAUCUGAAGCCGAUUUCGCUCGUCGCCUGCGUCGACAUAUCAUGAAACCGUGUGCGUUGCGCAAAUAUGGCUAUCCAGUGCCGAGUUAUGUCGAAGGCUGUAUUGAUAUUCAUGUGCGUGCACGUAGGCGCAUUGAUCUACUACGUUUAUGUACCCAUGAGGUGGACGGAUUCGGACAACGUUUUUGCGUACGUUGUGAUAGUCCCUUCUACGUUAACGAAUCGGGAAAAUAUUUAACUACGGACAACUGUAUCUACCAUUGGGGUAAAUUCAUAAACGGACAAUAUGCUUGUUGUGCGGGUAGCAGAGGCUCAGAAGGUUGCACACGUAAUAUCGUGCACGUGUGGAACGGCUUUACGGGAGGUCCAAAUGGACCAUAUACUGAUUUUCUACAUACACCACCACCCUCUGUUAAAUCGGCAGGCAGGAGCAAAGUGUAUGCGUUAGAUUGUGAGAUGUGUUAUACCGGUCGUGGACUCGAAGUGGCCAAGAUAUCCCUGGUUGACUAUGAUGGUCAAGUGGUCUACGACCAUUUUGUGCGUCCCACAGCCGAAAUUGUUGAUUACUGUACACGCUUCUCGGGUGUAAAGCCGAGUGACUUAUGCCAGGUUCAUAACAGAAACCUUAAGACUCUAGUCGAAGUUCAACAGGAUUUGUUGCAAUUGAUCGACGCCGAUACUAUACUCAUUGGUCAUAGUUUGGAAAAUGAUUUACGUGUGUUGCGGAUUGUACACAAAAAAGUCGUCGAUACGGCAUAUGAGUUCCCACACCCAUCUGGGUUUCCAUAUCGUCAUUCGCUGAAAAACUUGGCGAAGAAAUAUCUAAAGCGCGAUAUUCAAUGCAGCGAAGACGGUCACGAUAGUGUGGAAGAUGCACUUGCCAGUUUGGAUCUGGUGAUGUGGAAAGUGCGUAAAAAUAUUCCUCCAAAAAGACCGUGCAAACGCAUCUAGGUUAUUAAUGAAUUUUGCAUAUU